GGCUCGCGAGGUUGUCUAUAGCUCCGCGAUUCCGGGAAACCCUUGGACAUCUCUGUUCGAUUCGAUUCCGUUCCGGGUAGUUAAGCCCUCCACUGAAGGCACGCCACCUCAUGUGUGUUGUGGUCCCUUUUCCUUUUUCCCGGCUGGCACUGCCUUGUAAACAAAAAUAGCUCCGCUGCCUGGCCGCCGGGGGUGGUUACAACCCCCAAAUCCGAACCAUCCGACAAAGGCAACUACAAAGCUCCGCAGGAUAAGCAAGGGCACUCCUGGCUGCCUGACUGCCUGGCUGCCAAUUUUUUCGGGGUUGCAGACAGUCGGCAAACAAGCUGCGAAUGCGACUUUAAAUGUCCAUAAACAUUCGGCCAGUAAAAAUAAUAGCAUAAACCAACAGUCGUUCGGAGUAUCUUGCAUCGCCAAGUGCAACUGUAUCUGUAUCUGCUUUUGAGCGGUGAAAAUGAGCGAGUCCGGUGGAUAUCAGAAAAUGCCGCCCGGCUGGGACUGCAAAUACGAUCAGACAACUGGAAAUUGCUAUUACAUAAACUACCUGACCAAGGCCAUGCAGCUGGAGGAUCCGCGCGGACGCAGUUACAGGCAGUUGCAGGACGAGCGCUGCUCCACGGAGUCGAUAGCCUUGCAGCAGUUGGUCAGUCAGCCGCAGACCUCGCACAACAGCUCGCCGUACCACGUCCAUCCCAGCAACAAUCUGACCGCGAUUCGGGCCUUCCAAGAGCGCCAGCAUCCCACGCUACACAACGUCUCCACCAGUCCACUGUUGUCGGCCUCCUCCAGGGGACAGUUGGAAAUGUCUUCACCUUUGCCUUUCCAACGUGCUCGCUUGGGUGCGAACCUUUCAAGGCGCUCCACCAUCCAGGAGACCUCGUUCACCACCCAAGCGGAAACGGAUGCGGUUGUUACCAAGAUCCAGAACAUGUUCCCCACCGCGGGCGAGAAUCACAUUCGCCUUCUGCUGAAGCGCUACUAUAACAGCGAGGCGGUCGUCAUCAGUGCCCUGCAGGUGGAGAAGCAUCCGGUGACCAUGCCCGGUCCCUUCGUGACGCCGCCCUCGCAGAGGCAUCUGUUCCACAGCAGCUCCGCCUUCUACAUGACGCCACCGGCACGUCGUCCGGACACGGUGGCUAGUCGGCGCACCUCGCGCACGGCCAGUCCCUUGCCCGGCGGACGCUUCGGUAGUCUCGUGAGCGUGCAGAGCGGUCCUGGUGGUCCAGGCGGUUCGGGGGGCCACCAGGGGGUCCUGCCCCCGGGCUCGGCUGUUCCGCCGGCUCUGCACGGAUCGCCCCUGUGGCGCAGCUCGCCCAGGCCGCAUUCCUCGCCCAAGAUGAAACUGAGAUACAUGAAGAAUAUAUUUCCCAAGGCGGAUGAAGAGCUGCUCUUGGAUAUCCUGGCAAACGCGGAUAAUAAUGUGCAGUUCGCCUCGGAGAAGUUGAUUUCCUUGGGCUACACAAAACGCGAGAUGCAGCAGCCGCACAGGCCCAACAAUCGACCCCCGGAACUCAACCAGGAGCAGCAGGCUCCCGCGGAUCAGGGUGCAGUACACAUUCCUCUGAGACCCAAGGAGUACACAGAGGAGGAAAAGAAAAAAAUGCAAACUUUGCUCAAGGAGAAGUACCCACAAAUUGCCGAACGCAUUAUUCUGAUGGCCCUGGAGUCGGUUAACUAUGCCGAGGAUCGGGCCACCCAGAUCCUGCAGAUUGUCCAGGACGAGGAUGAGCAGAGGGCCCAGAAGCCGGCAACUUCGAAAACCAAACAUCUGGAGCUGACCAAGACCACGACGGGAACCGAGCAGGUGGAUGGUGCCACCGGAGACAGCCUGCCCACCGUGGUGGAGCCCACCACCUCAUCCAAACCGAAGCCACCGCACAAGCGCCACAUACUGCCAUCGAUCAAUGUCACCACACCAUCGACGUUCACCACCCAGAUCAUUUUGGCCCAGGCCACGCCCACACCAACGCCCACAGUGGAGGAGAAGCUGGAGACCCAUCUGUCAUCCAUAUCGAGCGCAUCCUCAUCGCAUUCAUAUGCCUCACCCGCACAAUCACCCCGCAUCGGGCAGAAAAGCUACGAGCGCCUGACCACCAAGGGCAUCCUGGCCAAGAGCGGCUAUACCCAUUAUGGCCACAGCGAUACCAAUAACUACAGCAUCGGCGGCUACCUGCAUGGCUCCUCGAAUGCUAGCUCCUACUCCUCCUACUCCGCAUCAAUGACGUCUUCAUCGCUGGCCUCGUCGGCCCAGUCCAACUCCUCAUCCAUCGCGAGGAGGCCAGCAGCAUUCGAAAGUCGCGCUCGCACCAAAACCGAUUCACUGAAGCAUCGUCAACACUCCUCGGGUUUUGGAAACUCGAACAGUUCGGAAUCGGCAGAGUUUCAAUCAAUCAUCGAAAGAAUGGCUAGUUUGGGACCCAAUUCUCAGCUAAGCAAGGGCGCAGAUGAAAAUCUUCUACUAGCUGACUACGUCACCUGGAAUGGACCCAAUACGAAGCUGCUCCAAAAGCAGGCCACUCAAGGACCAGACGCAAGUCUCUUGACCGAAAGGAGCUACAAGCCCAGGGGCGGAAACUCGGAACUUUGCAAAGGAGCCCAGUCGGGGUUGGCUAAGGGCAGCAUUUACGCCCAAGGCAGCAACAAGAGUCCCAACAUCAAAUGCAACUAGGCGGGAGUUCCCCAACUCGAAUCUCCCCCAGAGUGCCAAACUACAGGGGAUUAAUCUUAGUACAUGGAUAAGCACCACCCUUCAAAAGUUCAGACUUACCAGUUAUUUGUGUCGUAAAGUGUUUUUGCUCUUCCCCCGAAACCCUCCCAAACACUCCACGAGUACGUAGAUCUCAAGACCCAAAAAUAAAGACAUUCCAUCCAAGCUCCAAUUAUUUUUAGUAACUCGUAAAUAAACAGACUUUAAAACUAACAAACUUA